AUGCCGAAUGGAGUCUGCCCACACCUUAGUGUUUUCUGCGCGCGCGGUUGCUUAGAAAUGGCGUCCGCGAAACAGCGCAAUACUGAGUUGGACGUCUGA